AUGCCGUGGAAAAGUCGCUGGACUGUCGAUAUACCUCAGGUUGACUUGACAACUUAUGUCUUUGGAUCGCCUUCUGCUGCUUUACCGGAAACACCUCUAUACCUCGAUCCAGAAAACCCAGACAAGUAUCAUCUAUCAACAUCUGAUUUGAGACAAUGGUGCAAGCGAUUCGCAGCUGGCCUCCAGAAGGCUGGUCUGAAGCCUGGUGAUCGUGUGCUACUGUUCUCGGGGAACACACUUUUCUUCCCUGUGGUCUUCUUGGGUACAAUCAUGGCUGGAGGUGUGUUCACCGGCGCCAACCCUACUUAUGUGCCCCGCGAGCUGGCAUACCAACUUCAAGACUCUGGAGCCAAAUUCUUGAUCUGCAACGAGGCGAGUCUGGAUACUGGUAUUGAAGCAGCGGAUGCUGCAGGUAUGUCACACGACAAAGUCUUUGUGUUCGAUAAUGGCUACGCGACUCUCGACAACACUGGAAGAGGACGUGGGGAUGUCAGACAUUGGAGCAAAUUGCUUGCCAGCACCGCUGAGAGCCGUAACUUUGCUUGGGAAGAGUUGAGUUCUGAAGAGGAGCUGAAUCGCACCAUCUGCCUCAACUAUUCGUCAGGAACGACCGGUGUACCGAAGGGCGUUAUGAUCACCCACAAGAACUAUGUCAGCAAUAACCAAGGUGUGGUUCGUGCUGCGAAAACUAUGCCAAACUACGAAGAGAACAAGAAGACCGCAAGGUGGCUCUGCAUGCUUCCGAUGUACCAUGCCUAUGGCCAAACAUACUUCUGCGUAGGAACCGUCUCACGACAGAUUCCAACAUAUGUCAUGCAGAAAUUCGACUUUCUCAAGAUGCUGAGCUAUAUUGAGAAGUUCAAGAUCACCGACUUGACAAUGGUUCCGCCGAUUGCAGUUGCAAUGGCUAAGCAUCCUGCUUCCAAAAAAUGCGAUCUAAGCUCAGUAAGAUAUAUCGGAAGCGGUGCGGCACCGCUCGGAAGCGAGGUUUCAAAGGAAGUCGAGCAGUUGUGGCCAAAGGGUAAGAUGAACAUGAAGCAAGGAUGGGGCAUGACAGAAGUCACUUGUUCCGCGUGCAGUUGGGAUUUGACAAAGAUCUCCAAGUCUAAUGCAGUAGGCGAGCUCAACCCUAAUAUUGAGGCUAUGAUCGUAGACGUGGCAUCAGGAUCCGAAGUUCCAAGAGGGCAAAGAGGCGAAUUCUGGGUUCGGGGGCCAACGGUGAUGAAAGGCUACUGGAACAAGCCAGAUGCUACAAAAGAGACUCUCACUGCAGAUGGUUGGCUGAAGACUGGUGAUGUUGCCUAUCUCGACGACGAGGGUCACCUGUUCAUUGUAGACCGCAUCAAGGAAUUGAUCAAGGUCAAAGGCAACCAGGUCGCACCUGCUGAGCUGGAGGCACUGCUUCUUGAACAUCCAGCUGUUGCAGAUGCCGGCGUAGUAGGCGUGACAAUAAAGGGUGAGGAGCUCCCAAGAGCAUAUCUUGUGAAACGUGCAGACCAGAAAGUCGAGGCCAAGGAUAUUCAACAAUUCAUGAACAGCAGAGUCGCGAGACACAAACGACUGGCUGGCGGUGUUGUGUUCUUAGACGCAAUCCCGAAGAACCCUUCCGGCAAGAUCUUGCGCAAGGUAUUGCGCGAUCAGGCGAAGGCAGAAGUGGGUGACUCUGAGGCCAAAGCAUCGCGUCUGUAG